AAAACACAUGUAAAUGUAAACAAUUUUGACAGUUCAAUUAGGCAGAUUGAAUUUUGAAGAAAAUUUUUGUACAAAAAAAAGUCAAAUAUGGCAACAGUCCCUGUGAGGUAAUCUUAUAGAAAUUAAUUUUUGAUUAGUAUCUAUAAAUUUUGCAAUAUAAACAAAAUUUUAACAACUUCUAGAACUUCUUUAACAAAUUAUAAUAGAACAACAAACCAAUCAGCAAAUUAACAAUAAAAUGAGAGUUUGUUGCAUUUGCAAGAAAAAAGCUACAAAUGGGAAUCGAAAUUUUUUCUCCGUUCCAAAAGAUGAACGCCGAAAGAUUUGGAUGAAAGUUUGCCGUAUGAAUUUUAUGGCAACUGCAGUGAUUUGCAUGGACCACUUUCCACCAAAUGCUAUUAUUAAAAAUGAAAAGAAAAUGAUAUUAAUGCCAAAUGCUUUGCCUACCUUAUGCAUCUCAGACGAAAAGCUAAGGAGCAUAAAAUUGACAAAUUUCUCAGACGAAGAGGAGCAUAAAGUAGAUAUUGUAAACAAUGUCAGUAAUGAGUUCUUAGACAAAGAGCAAAAUGCAAAUAUUGAAAACAAUUCCAUGGAUGAAAUUGAAAUCAAUACCGGAGUUGCCCCAAACUACUACCCGCCAGAUCCUCUAAGUAAUGAUGUUGUGGAAGAUGUAUUGGGAGAAAAUUUAUUAAAUAUAAAUAACAAUGAUCUGCCUGACCUUUUUGAGGGAAAUCCUCUUGUACAAAUACCAAUCGUUAAGCCAGAAAAUAGAUCAAUAUCCACACAAACAAAUACGCGUAUCUGCGGCACAGUAGAAGUAUCCGAGUGCGCGGAAGAAUAUCGCCUUAAUUGUUUCUAUUGUCCUGUAACAUAUCCAUUGGCGUACUAUAAAAAGUUCAUAAGUCAUAUGAAAAAGAAACAUACUGACUUUGAAGCAGCAUUUGAUAUUCCCAAAUAUGUUUCAGACGACCACGAUUAUACUCCUAUCAUUGAGCCGCCUUUAUCUCCACCAAUUGAUGCUAUUGUACAAACUCAACCGCAAGAACCUCUGGUUAUUGAGGCUAACGCUUUAUUACCUUGUCUAGUACGAUUAUUAAAAUCAGCCUAUAAUCCCUUUGGAACCGCUUUAAGUCAAAAUUCCAAUUCCACCAUAGCAGUACAGCAGAAGAACACUAUGGUUAAUUGCAACAACAAUGAACAAUUCGAUAAUUUUGUAAAACCUGCAAUACCAGCACUUGGAAAGGAGAAUAAACUACAACAUCCAUAUAUGUCCAACCAGAAUAUACAAAAUUUCAAUUUGCCAGAGCAAUCGAAAAAUGAAAAAGACAAGCCGCUUAAAAAAAGAACUAUUAAAAAAUCCAGAACAAAAAGUAUUUCGGGAAAAAGCAAGGAAAAGGUUCUCUCCUCGGGAGUAAUUUAUUUAACAAAUAUAAAACGGCAAACUGCUUUAAGUCGUUGUCUUAAGCGAUCUAGUACAAUUGAUACAUUAGAGCCGCCAGAGCCACCAGAAGAUGACACUUCUCCUAUAGAAGAUGCAAAUGUUCAGCCAUAUACAACCGAGCUUUCUUUCGAAUACACGCCACGUGACAUAAUCGAUUCCAUGUUAGACUGUAUGAAAAAUUAUCCUGUCUUGUGGGAGUUUGAUGCUGAACCAUUCAAUGAUGAUUACUAUGAAGCUGUUGAAGAAUUGUGCCGUGUUAUCAACAAAAAAUGGUCUAUGAAUAUAGAUAAUUUGAAAAUGCGACGCAGUGUUAAUCGUGUACUUAGAUAUUACUGGUCUGUUUAUCCAUUGGAAAAUGUGGAAAAUAUUGAUCAAUUUACUUGCUACUAUGAUCAGUUGGCGGCCUUUUUACCAGCGUCUGUGCAUGAAAUAGCUUACUCUCGUUGUUCGCACUGUUAUCGAUGUUACAAGAAUGAUAGUGAUCUAAGGGCUCAUUUGUUGGAGGAAUUUAGGCACCUUCAAUGGCCCCACAAGUGUGUGCAAUGCAAGGAAUGUUUUAGGGAUAUUAAUGAAUUUGAAUUUCACAAAAGUCUGCCUCACUAUUUAGAAGUAUUCAGAUGUGAACAGUGCGGUAAGCGUUAUACUCAACGCAAUAAAUUCAACAAACAUGUUUCUAUACACCAAAUAAAACAAAGUUCCGAACCUGGUAAAUACGUGUGCAGUGUAUGCGGCAAAGAAUUUAAACUUAGCAGUGAAUUGCGGAAUCAUUUGGUAUAUCACGGAGAGAGAAAACACAAGUGCAAUUUAUGUCCGAAAGCCUUUUUCACGAAUGCCACUCUAAGACAUCACUUAAGAAGUCAUAAUAAAGAAUAUCGCUUAAUAUGCGAGGUAUGUGGCAAGGGCUUUAUUCACCACACUAAUCUCAGGGAGCAUUUGAAAAAACACACUGGAGCUAAGGUCACUUGUAAUAUUUGCAAUUUGAAAUUAAGAAAAUCAAGUCUAAUGCGACAUCUACGUACAGUGCAUAUAGCCUGCGAGGGCACCAUUGAAAGUACCUACAGAGCGAGAAAUCAUCAUUAUAGGAAAUUACUACAAUGGCCGAGUAAGCUCUAUACUCGCCGCACCAAGUACAAAAAGGAGAAAGAAUACUGUUGUAAAAUCUGUGACAUACAUUUCGAUGGCCACAAACAAAUUGUUGAACACAAUAAGGAGUUUCAUAACAAUGGCCAAAAGUGGCCGUGUAAAUUAUGUACUUCGGAAUUUAAUCGUAAACUAAAUCUUAGUCGUCAUUACCGCAAAAAACAUCAGCUGCAUGCUUAUCAAGUUUUCAAAUUAGUCGAUAAGGGUGAAGAUGUAGAUACAGUGUUGGCAAUAAAACCCGAAGAGUUGGAUAGAUUAACCGAAACUUUACAUUAUUCACUGAAUACUGGACUGACUGGAACAAAUAGUACAGCAGCAGCAACAGCCGAAGCACAGAAACAUAUAACAACCGAAACAACAACCAUAAUAAAAACAGAUCCCUCACCAGAAGAGAUAUAUAUUGAGGAAGAGAGACUACACAGCGAUACAAUACAAGAUCAAAUAAUGCAGGUCGUUGAUGAGGAUAACAUGGCCUCACACGAUAUUAAAGUCGAUGACGAUCAUUAUAUGAAUGAUUUUUUCACAAAUCUCUUAAAAUAAGUUUCUAGUUUUAAAUUAAUACAUUUAUUUUUUUGUUUCUUUUUUUUAAGUAAAAAAAUUGUUGUUUUGUAAGUUUAUUAAUUUAAUAUUCUUGUUAAAUUUCUCAUCGUUGGGUUUGCUGUGCAACUCCGUUCAAAAAUGAACAUUCGAAUUUGCAUGUAUGUAUGUUGUUAAAAACAAUGUAAUAUAUUGAAACCCUUUGGUAAUUGAGAAAUUGUGGCUUUCUAGUUAUAGUUAGCAUUGUACAUAUUUUUGUUAAACUCAAUUAAAUUUAGAAAGAAUAAAAAGUUUUUCAAAA